CCUGUUCCUGCCACAGCUCUCUCCCCUUACCUCCCCACUAGAUCCCGGAGAUCGCCCGCCAUGGCUUUACUUACUGCGGCUGCCCGGCUCUUGGGAACCAAGAAUGCAUCUUGUCUUGUUCUUGCAGCCCUGCAUGCCAGUGCUUCCUCCACGAAUUUGAAAGACAUAUUGGCUGACCUGAUACCUAAGGAGCAGGCCAGAAUUAAGACCUUCAGGCAGCAACAUGGCAAGAAGGUGGUGGGCCAAAUCACUGUGGACAUGAUGUAUGGUGGCAUGAGAGGCAUGAAGGGAUUCGUCUAUGAAACAUCAGUUCUUGAUCCUGAUGAGGGCAUCCGUUUCUGAGGCUUUAGUAUGCCUGAAUGCCAGAAACUGCUACCCAAGGCUAAGGGUGGGGAAGAACCCCUGCCUGAGGGCUUAUUUUGGCUGCCGGUAACUGGACGUAUCCCAACAGAGGAACAGGUAUCUUGGCUCUCAAAAGAGUGGGCAAAGAGGGCAGCUCUGCCUUCCCAUGUGGUCACCAUGCUGGACAACUUUCCCACCAAUCUACACCCCAUGUCUCAGCUCAGUGCAGCCAUUACAGCCCUCAACAGUGAAAGUAACUUUGCCCAAGCAUAUGCACGGGGUAUCAGCCGAACCAAGUACUGGGAGUUGAUUUAUGAAGACUCUAUGGAUCUAAUCACAAAGCUACCUUGUGUCGCAGCAAAGAUCUACCGAAAUCUCUACGGAGAAGGCAGUGGUACUGGGGCCAUUGACUCUAACCUGGACUGGUCUCACAAUUUCACCAACAUGUUAGGCUAUACUGAUCAUCAGUUCCCUGAGCUCAUGCACCUGUACCUCACUAUCCACAGUGACCAUGAGGGCGGCAAUGUAAGUGCCCAUACCAGCCACUUGGUGGGCAGUGCCCUUUCAGACCCUUACCUGUCCUUUGCAGCAGCCAUGAACGGGCUGGCAGGGCCUCUCCAUGGACUGGCAAAUCAGGAAGUGCUUGUCUGGCUAACACAGCUGCAGAAGGAAGUUGGCAAAGAUGUGUCAGAUGAGAAGCUACGAGACUACAUCUGGAACACACUCAACUCAGGACGGGCUGUUCCAGGCUAUGGCCAUGCAGUACUAAGGAAGACUGAUCCAUGAUAUACCUGUCAGCGAGAGUUUGUUCUGAAACACCUGCCUAGUGACCCCAUGUUUAAGUUGGUUGCUCAGCUAUGCAAGAUUGUGCCCAAUGUCCUCUUAGAGCAGGGUAAGGCCAAGAAUCCUUGGCCCAAUGUAGAUGCUCACAGUGGGGUGCUGCUCCAGUAUUAUGGCAUGACGGAGAUGAAUUACUACACAGUCCUGUUUGGGGUGUCACGAGCAUUGGGUGUACUGGCACAGCUCAUCUGGAGCCGAGCCUUAGGCUUCCCUCUAGAAAGGCCCAAGUCCAUGAGCACAGAGGGUCUGAUGAAGUUUGUGGACUCUAAGUCAGGGUAAAACUGGAGACUGGGGGAAAGUGACUACCAGAAAGUGAGGAAGCCUAAAUAAAAAGUAUACUUUUGUUUCAGGGGGCCUUUAAAGACUUAAGAUUAAAUUAUAUCUGAGGCACUGAUAAUAUGUU